AAUCCUGUGAAAUUAAACCAACCAGACGACGACUUCGUGCUGAAGUGUUUCCAGAAAAGUGUGCCAUAUGCAUCAGACGUUCAGCCAACGGAUCGUGGGCGUGGCUGAGACUAGGGGAUUUAUAAUCAAGAUGUUACCAACGCUCGCACAGGCGGAACUCUUUAUUCGUUUUGUUUCCACACGAAAAUAAAUCAGUCACACAAGCAGGAAGCAUGUCAGGUUUACUUUCGUUAUGCGCAGUUUUAAAUGGUAUUUUUCAUUAAUAAAGUUAAUAUCCCUCUAACUUAAAAACAGUACUUCCCUGUUUCUGUGUGCGUUAGCAGUGACGUGUUGCGGUCGGUUUAUAAAUCUAUAAGUUAAUAUAACAACUAGGGUUAGAUAUACAUGACGGAUCGUUAUGUCUAAAGCUGUGCCUCCUCUCCGCAUUCUCUGUAUUCACGGUUAUCGACAAAAUGGAAACUCUUUUAGAGAGAAGACAGGAGCUUUACGCAAACUAUUAAAAAAACAAGUGGAGCUGGUGUACAUUAAUGCACCACACCAAGUUCCAGCCAUUCAAAAUGAAACCUAUCAGGAGCCAGAGAAGGCUUGUGGUGGUGAUGAGGACCAGGGGGGGUGGUGGUUCUCUAAUGUCCAGGAACGCAGUUUUAAUGCACAGGAGGAUUGUGAGAGCAGCCUGGGACUGGAGGACAGUGUGUCUACUGUAAGGACUGCAGUAAAGGAACUUGGUCCUUUUGAUGGCAUCCUUGGAUUUAGUCAGGGCGCUGCCCUGGUAGCCAUACUGUGUGCACUGCAGGAGCAAAAACUAGAGCCUGAUUUCAAUUUCCGAUUUGCCAUCCUUGUUGCUGGAUUCCGCAGCGCUUGUUCCCAACAUCAGCGAUUCUAUGAAGGGCCUUCAAUAACAAUUCCCUCACUGCAUGUGUUUGGACAGGAUGACCGAGUGAUUCCAGAGAAGAUGAGUCAAGAUCUGCUGCCAACGUUUGAUGGAGUUCAAAUCCUUGUUCAUCCGGGUGGACACUUUAUUCCUGCAGCAUCCAUGCAUAGGCAGACUUAUCAGGACUUCCUCAAAAAGUUUCAAUGAGAGAAUCAAAUAAUAGCUAUCUGUAUGGAGGAAUGUUAAUGAAAUGUACAGUAAUCUUUAGUAAUCUAAAGAUGUUCUCAGGGAAAAGCACUCCGGAAUAAAGAUUUUCUCAAGUAUUCAGUGUUAUUUUAUUUGUGUUUGAUUUAGA